GCCCUUCGUAUGCUAAGUACGGUUGCUGCCAACCUACCUACUCAAUCGGUCUGGUCUGGUGUAAUCUUUCCAAUCAGGUCCUAUCCAGGCCGUUCGAGAACACCCAACUCGUUUAGUGACCUUAUCCAACAUGUAACGCAACCUACCCUAGGUACACGGUUGCCUUCGUUGUCCGUUCCCCUGCUUCUGAUCGUCCCCGGAGAAUGCCGGGAGUCUCAGUGGCUUUGAUUUCAUGACUACCGUAGUAAGUGGGGUUUGUCAACAUCUCGGCAUCGCCCUAUUAUCAUCCAUUGUCUUUUGUGCUUUGAUAGUCUGUACCAUGAUACCGGCCGACGUAAUGCCAUACCUACUAGAUGAACGCGACUUGUCAUUUUUCUACUUUGCAAUUAUACGUAUCUUUGGAUUCAGAUCCUAUCGUGCCUCGGUCCGGAACGUCGGCAAGUCCGCCAUUCUAAACAUCCCGCCCCAACUGUGUUGUUUCACCGUCUUAUACGCAUCUCACUAUCGUCUUGCCUCCGAUUUGGGACAAUCCUCAUCACCCCCCCAAUUUACCAUGUCGACGCUGAAAAAGUUACUACGUGCAGUGAUUCAAUGACGAUAUCUCGGUCACUAGACUUGAUAGGUUUUCUUUAUCCCCCCUAAUCCCUGGCAUGCUAUCAUCAAAAUCACUGCCACCCCCAUC